AUGUUUCCCUAUAACUGGUUUUCCUCACUAAUUUCAUCAAUCUAUAUCCCGAUUCAUUUUCUCGCCAUAAUCUAUCUGGCAUUCGCAUUCAACACACGAUUUUCGGCUCAAAAAUCAUCGAAAAAAUCGUCGUCGGAUUCUUUGAGCCUGACAGAAUGGUAUAGGCUCAAUCUAUAUUUUCAAGGAGGACUGGCGAUUCUGUUUAUCCCAGAGAUUUUGAUCUCUUUGCUCAAUGGAUGGUAUUAUAUGAUUUGCACCAAAGAUUCUUUAUAUACUGGACCAUUUUCUGGAACUGUUGUAGCCCUCUGGACUUUGACAAAAGUUUCAGACCUGGCUGAAACUUUCAUGCUAAUCACAGAAGGUCGAAAACCCCUAAGCAUCCAUAUUAUCCAUCAUUUUGUCUCGCUAACAUAUGCUUUCACAUUUUAUGGCUAUGGUUUUGCGAUUCAUCGCUGGAUUAUAUUUUUGAAUCUUAUUGCUCAUGUUAUAUUAUAUGCCUAUCUUUCGGAUACGAAGAUUUUUGGAUGGCCACCGUGUUGGGCGACGGUUUGUAUUUCGCAAAUGCUUCAAUUAAUUUUGCCGCUUUUCGCGAGUUUUAGUAUCAAUGUGGUGAGUUUUUUCUGGAAUUCUGUCUGAAAAUCCCGAAUUUCUCAUCGGAAAAUGCAGGUUUACUUGUGUUUUCAAAUGAAAAACCAAAGAUUUUCAGGCAAAAUUUCAUAGAAAUGUCAUUUUCGCGCUGAAAAUUUGGCUGAAAAUUGGAUUUUUGACAUAUUCUCAAGAGAAUUUGUGAAAUUUCUAGAUUUUCAGAGAAAUUUUCAGCUGAAAUUCUGUCUAAAAAUCCCAAAUUUCUCAUCGGAAAAUGCAGGUUUACUUGUGUUUUCAAAUGAAAAACCAAAUAUUUUCAGACAAAAUUUCAGAAAACGAAAAUAUUCAAAAAAUACUCCGAAAUUGUCGUUUUCCAAUUGGAAAUAUGCGAAAAUGCAGGUUUUCUUGCAUAUUUUGAAAUGGAAAAUGGCAGGGAUGCGGAAGCUAUGCUCAAAAUUUGAAUUUUCACGAAAACUUGUCAUUUUCGCGCUGAAAAUUUGGCUGAAAAUCGGAUUUUUGACAUAUUCUUCAAUGAAUUUGUGGAAUUUCUGAUUUUCAGCUAAAUUUUCAGCGCGAAAAUGGCAGAGAUGCGGAAACUAUGCCCAAAAUUUAAAAUUUUCACGAAAACUUGUCAUUUUCGCUCUGAAAAUUUUGCUGGAAAUCGGAUUUUUGACCUAUUCUUCAAUGAAUUUGUGAAAUUUCUGAUUUUCAGCUAAAUUUUCAGAGCGAAAAUGGCAGAGAUGCGGAAGCUAUGCCCAAUUUUUGAAUUGUCCUUUUCGCGCUGAAAAUUUGGCUGAAAAUCGGAUUUUUGACAUAUUCUUCAAUGAAUUUGUGGAAUUUCUGAUUUUCAGCUAAAUUUUCAGAGCGAAAAUGGCAGAGAUGCGGAAGCUAUGCCCAAUUUUUGAAUUGUCCUUUUCGCGCUGAAAAUUUGGCUGAAAAUCGGAUUUUUGACAUAUUCUUCAAUGAAUUUGUGGAAUUUCUGAUUUUCAGCCAAAUUUUCAGCGCAAAAAUGGCAGAGAUGCGGAAGCUAUGCCCAAAAAAACCAAUCACUUUCCAGAAAUUGGCUCGCGGUCAAAAUCACUGUGAUGCUUCAGCCGGCUCAUUAUUCCUCAUUCAAAUUGGCCUCAUAAUUCUGACGGCAAUGUUUGCCGAUUUUUAUUAUGCCCGAAUCAAAGCUUUUAGGCAAAAGAAUAGGGAUAAGAGAGAGCAGAAGAGACGCAGACAACAAAAGUGAGUUUUUUGGCUAAAUUGAAAUUAAAUGAGAUUCAUUUCGCCCCUUUUUUUACAGAAUCCAAAAUGAGGACGAAGAAAAAGAAGCGGAAAAAUUGGUGAAUCGCAAAAAAUCGAGCGAAACUGUGAUGUUUCAACGAGAUUUUCCCGAUUUGCGAUCCGUUAUUUUUAGCCCGUGA